AUGGCCAACAGGACAAUUGAUUCUUUUUUCAAGAAAAGACGUCUAGAACCAAGUGGAAGUGGUGAAAUUCCUUGUCCUCUUCGUGAUUCUUCUCCUAAGCAUCAAACAAAGAAAUUUUGUAGAGCUGAAUCAUUAGAGUUUGAUAUUUCAUCCAUAGAACGUGAUCUUGGAAAGAGAAAAUCCAUUUGGGAAUAUCUAGAGCAUCAAAGGGAUGAGGUACGGAGAGCAUAUAUUAAGUUUGGGCCAUACCAACCUGAGCUUCCGAUUGAAUCAAUGGUUGUUGACAAGAAGGGCCGACAUUUCCUUUUCUCUUGGUUGCAACUUCAAGUUUCCAUAGAUGCUGCAAAAUGGUGUGCAUUUCAAGCGGUGGCUUUUAGGGGUCAUGAUGAAAGUUUAGAUUCUAACAAUCGAGGAAAUUUUAUUGAGUUGAUCAAGCAUGUGUCUUCUUAUAAUGAAAAAGUGGCUGCUGUGGUUCUUGAUAAUGCUCCUCAAAAUGCAUCUUAUACUUCUCCUACGAUCCAAAAGGAGAUAUUGUCCAUUUGGUCGAUCAAGAUACAAAAGCAUAUUCGAGAGGAGAUUAGUGAUUCAAAAUUUUCUAUACUUGUUGAUGAGGCUCAAGAUAGAUCAAAAAGAGAGCAAAUGGCUAUUGUUCUUAGAUUUGUGGACAAGCAAGGCUAUAUUCGAGAGAGAUUUUUUGACAUUGUUCAUGUGCACGAAACCAAUUCCUUGACUUUGAAGAAGGAGAUAUGUGAUGUCCUUUCUCGCCAUAAUCUUAGUGUGCAAAACAUUCGUGGCCAAGGAUAUGAUGGAGCUAGUAACAUGCGUGGAGAAUGGAAUGGACUGCAAGCAUUAUUUAUUCAGGAGUGCCCCUAUGCAUAUUAUAUUCACUGUUUUGCUCAUCGACUGCAAUUAACAUUGGUAGCAACAUCUCAAGAGGUAAUUCCUGUGGAACAAUUCUUUACAAACUUAUCUCUUCUUAUAAAUUUAGUUUCAUCUUCUUGCAAACGGGUGGACCAACUUAGAGUUGCUAGAGCUGCUAGAAUUGCUGAAUUGAUUGCUAUUGAUGAACUUGAGACUGGUAGGGGUCAGAAUCAGAUGGGUACCUUAAAACGGCCAGGGACUACAAGAUGGGGGUCUCAUUUUAGUUCUAUCUGUAGCUUAUUCACAGAAUAUGAAGACAUUUGCUCUGUCCUAAUUGAUGUUAUCAAUUAUGGAAAUACAUCAACUCAAAGAAGUGAAGCUAACAGAGUUUAUGAUUUCAUGACAUCCUUUGAUUUUGUUCUUGUUAUGCAUAUGAUGAGGGACAUUUUAGGAUUUGCACAAGUACUUUCUCAAGCUUUACAAUGCAAAUCUCAAGAUAUUUUGAAUGCCCUUAAAUUGGUUUCAGUAACAAAGGAUCGACUUCAAAGUUACAGAGAUAAUGGAUGGAAUGAAUUGUUCACCAAUGUAAAGACAUUUUGUGAUGCACGAAAUAUAGAGAUGCCUGAUAUGAAUGUCAUUUAUAAAGCAGGUCGAGGAAGAAUUCGAAAACAAAAUGAUCCAAUUACCAUGGAGCAUCACUACAGGAUUGAUGUGUUUUUGGCAACGGUUGAUUCUCAAAUACUUGAAAUGAAGAAUAGGUUUAAGGAAGAUGUAAUAGAGUUGCUUAUUCUUAGUUCAGCAUUGCACCCCAAAGAUAAUUUUCAGGCUUUCAAUAUUGAACAAAUUUGUCAACUUGCAAACAAGUUUUAUUCAGCUGACUUCACAGAUCAAGAGAAGUUACACUUCAGAACUCAAUUAGAGCUUUUCCAGAUUGAGUUUUCCUGUAAUUCUCAGCUUCAAAAUUUGUCAUCACUUCAGGAGUUGUGCCAAGUGUUAGCGAAGACAAGAAAGUCAAUGUGCUAUACUCUUAUUGAUAGAUUGAUUCGUCUUAUUUUGACUCUUCCUGUUUCAACAGCUACAACAGAGCGUGCAUUUUCUGCUAUGAAAAUCAUCAAGACUUGUUUGCGUUCUAGGAUGGAGGAAGACUUUCUUGCCAACUCUAUGAUAAUGUAUAUUGAGAAAGAAAUUGCUAGAACUUUUGAUGUAAAUUCAAUCAUUGAUGACUUUGAUAAAAUUAAAAGUCGUCGUGCACAAUUUCAUAUGUCUCACACAGUCAAAUAG